AUGUUCAGGCCAACACAAGCACUCGGCAAGAAGUUCCGCAAGCUGCGGUUGACGACGAAGGACAUCAAUAAGGGCUUCUACAAGGGAAAUCGCACAGGAAACAUGGGACAGCACAACAAAUGGGGUGGCUUCAGGAUCGAUUAUGAGAAAGUGCGGACAUACGUUGUGCCCGCAGGGUUGGACACAUUCAAGCUCACACCUUUUGUCACCGAGAACGUAAGAGCAAAAUCAGGCAUGGAGACCUACCGAGAGUACGGCAAGGAGGGCCCGAGGAGUCCCCAGUUGUACUUGGACAGGUGGAAGGCGGAGAACGGGCUGGACUGA